AUGACUCAGACAAUAGAUGUUGAAGCAUUGAAGAAAGAAAUUCGCGAGCAAAUUUUAUCCGAACUGAAGGAACAAAAACAAGAACAAAAGCCAGAGAGACCAAAGAGAAAACUUAGUGAAAAACAACUUGCUGCAUUAGCUGCUGGACGUCAGAAGAACCCGAGAUGGCAGGCGAAAAGAGCUAGAGAAGAAGCUGAAGCAAAAGCAAAGGAAGAACAAAAAGCUAAAGAAGCUGAAGCAAAGAAAGAGUAA